AUGACGAAUGACAACAACGCAGCGCCUAAACGGCCCAAUCUCCUCGUUAUCGUUGCAGAUGACCUAGGAUGGUCUGACGUGGGUGCUUUUGGAGGGGAGAUAAACACACCUAACCUCGACAGAUUAGCCAAAGGAGGAGUCAGAUUGACGGGAUUCCAUACGGCAUCGAUGUGCUCUCCCACACGAGCAAUGCUCCUCAGUGGCACUGAUAAUCACAUCGCUGGUCUGGGCCAAAUGGAGUUCUGGGGAGGUCCUUCUGCACCUUGGAAGAAGCGACCUGGAUACGAAGGUUACCUCAAUGAACGAGUAGCUGCCCUUCCUGAGAUCCUCCAGGAUGCUGGAUACUACACCACCAUGGCUGGAAAAUGGCAUCUGGGACUCACGGAAGAUCGGACACCACAUGCUCGAGGAUUCGACCGUUCCUUUGCUCUGUUGCCAGGCGGUGCGAAUCAUUACGCUUACGAACCCACCCAUCCGGAUGGACGGCGGGUUUUCUCUCAUUGGGCAUCGCUGUAUUAUGAAGAUCAGCAACGUGUAGAUGCGAAGACCUUUCCAGAAGACUACUAUUCUUCAGACUAUUUUGCGACCAAGUUGAUCCAGUUCCUUCAGGAGCAAAAGUCUGGAAGCAAAGCUGACGAUCCCUUCUUUGCCUACUUGGCAUUCACAGCACCUCAUUGGCCACUUCAGGCCCCCCAAGAGGUCAUCAAAAAAUACGACGGUGUAUAUAAUGAUGGACCUGAUAUUCUUCGCGAGAGGCGUCUGCAGAACCAAAUUAAAUUAGGACUGCUUCCAGAGAAUGUCGAGCCACAUCCAGUGGUGGCUGAGAUGAAAGACUGGUCUAGCAUGGAUCCUGAGGAGAAGAAAUGGUCUGCAAAGACAAUGGAGGUCUUCGCUGCCAUGGUUGAGAGGCUGGACUGGAAUGUCGGCCGAGUUCUUGAUCACCUGGAAGCUACCGGAGAACUAGAUAACACUUUUAUCCUGUUCAUGUCUGACAACGGGGCCGAGGGCGCGAUUAUUGAAGCCAUUCCGAUGACGGGCGACGUGAUCAAGACAUCCAUCAACAAGCACUACAACAAUUCGUUAGACAACCUAGGUAACGGCGACUCCUUCAUUUGGUACGGACCUCGUUGGGCACAGGCAUCUACUGCUCCAUCCGCUAUGCAUAAAGGAUAUGUCACUGAAGGUGGAAUCCGCUGCCCGGCUAUUGUCAAUUACCCUUCUCUUACGAAGGACUCUGCUUCUGCCCACUCUUUCCCAAGCAAAGGAGCUAUUUCGCCAGCCUUCACGACGGUAAUGGAUAUUCUCCCUACAAUUCUUUCUCUGGCCUCCGUUCCUCUUCCUAAGGAUACUUUCCGCUCCCGCGAAGUCGUCCCCGUAACGGGAAAAUCUUGGAUUCCCCAUCUUUUCUCCCCUGGAUUCUCAGUACCUGUCCACGACGAGUCUACAGUUAUCGGAUGGGAGCUUUUCUUCCACCAAGCGAUCCGUAAGGGACGAUACAAAGCAAUCUUUACACCGGCGCCUAAAGGACCAGAGAAAUGGCAACUGUUUGACCUUGAGACGGACAUGGGAGAGAUCCAUGAUCUGGCAGAUGAGAAACCUGAAAUCCUUGAAGAAUUGGUGCGUUACUGGAUAGCGUACGUUUCGGAGUUUGGUGUGUUCUUGUAA